AUGCGCCAAUUUGUUGAAAUGAUGUGCAAUGGUGAAUUUUUAAACAAAGACCCCAAUGAGGCUUGGGAAUACUUUGACCACCUAGCUGAAAAUGCUCAAUCUUGGGACACCACUGCCCCUGAAAGUUCUAGUAAGACCAAGCCUCCUACCACUACAUCUAGUGGGGGUAUGUAUCACCUUAGGGAAAGGGAUGACUUAUAUGCUAAAAUUUCAAGUUUGGCCAGAAAAGUUGAAACCAUGGAAUUAAGGAAAGAUAAUGAAAUCAAAUCUGUGCAAAAAGAAAAAGUGUGUAGCAUUUGUGAAGUCAGUGGACACACAACACGUGAGUGUCCAACUAUUCCAGCUUUAAAAGAAGUAUUGCAUGAACAAGCAAAUGCCAUAAACACUUACAAAAAGCCUUUUAAUUCUCCAUACUCUGAGACAUACAAUCCGGGGUGGAGGAAUAGCCCCAAUUUUAGUUGGAGACAGGAAAAUAAUGCACCACCACCACCUCAAGAGCCCUCUAAAUUUAUUCCUUAUCUUCCCCCACAUAAGAGGACUCUUGAGGAUACGUUGCAAACAUUUAUGCAAGGGAGUGGAAAGGAGGUUAACAAAGAAAUCCCAACAAAGGUUUCAGAACCCAAGGAAAAUUUAGAAACCAAGGAUGAUGACAUGUCUAGUAAGGUUGAGGAUGUUGAGGAAAGAGUGUAUAAGCCUAUUGCCCUAUUCCCCCAAAGGUUGCUUGCACCUAAAAUGGGGACAACAAAUCAAGAUGUCUUGGAAGUGCUCAAAGAGCGAAAGCUUUUUGUGCAAAAGAAUGCAUUUUUAACAGAGCAGGUAAGUUCGAUAAUUCAGCAGAAAAUCCCUUUCAAGCAUAAAGGCCCUGGAUCACCCAUUAUCCCAUGCAUCAUUGGUGAUUCUAAGAUUAAUAAAGCAUUGAUUGAUUUAGGAUCUGGUGUCAAUUUACUACCCUACUCAGUUUAUGAGCAGUUAGGUCUUGGUGAAUUAAAACCCACCAAAGUUGUUUUGCAACUUGCCGACCGAUCUGUUGUUAUACCGAGAGGGAUAAUAGAAGAUGUUUUAGUUCAAGUGGAUAAAUUUUACUUUCCAAUGGAUUUCAUUGUUUUAGAUACAAAGCUUGUUGCACCAUCUAGCAUUGACGUUCCUGUCAUUUUAGGACGGCCAUUUUUAGGUACUUCUAAUGCUUUGGUUAAUUGCAAGAAUGGAAUCAUGAAGCUCACAUUUGGAAAUAUGAUCGUUGAGUUGAACAUCUUCAACAUUUAUAAGCAACCUGCCAUUGAUGAUGAUGAGGAAAUUGUUGAGGUAGACAUGAUCCAAAAUUUGGCGGAAAGUAAAUUUGCUCAUUCUAUGAUUUCUGAUCCUAUAGAGGCAUGUAUACUGAAUCCCAACAGUGAUGAUAUAGAAUUGGACAUGGCUAAUGAUAUUUUGGAUGCUAAUUCAAUGAUGGACACUAAUGGAAGGAACCCAUGUUUUGAGGACUUGUAUAGUCCCAUUAAAACUCAUCCAUCUAAUUUCAUAGCACCGAAAAUUGAAAAAUAA